UUGUGUGGCCAGGGCGCGGGCCCCAAGCAGACGACCUCACCCGGCGCGCAAGCACGGCGUGGGCGGACAGGCAGCUUGCAGGGUCCUCACCCGUGCACUGCUCGCGGCAAAGGAGGCUGACACCAGCAAAGGGGACAGGCGCCCAUCUCUGGUGCGUCGCUCACCUUGCAGAGAAGGAAGCGGCGGGGCUCAUCCGGGCGCCCAGGCCGUUGGCGCGGACCACACUUCCUGCGCCCGGAACCCGGGGCGGGGCGUCUCGCGGGGCUGCCCGGCCUUGAGGGGGCUCCUCGGUGCAAGUCGCCCGCCCGUGCCCUACUCAGCCAGGAGCCGGGACCCCGGCAGUGCGGCUCCCGUCAGGCCCCUGCUGUCGUGAGGAGCCCAGAUGUUUCCUCUUCCUCAGAAGGAAUCCAGGGCACCUGCCACCUGUCUAGGCUCGGCCACCACGCAGGACGUGGUCAGUAGCUACCAGGAUGGCUUAGGAAGAGAAAGCCCCGGAAAACCAGACCAGAAGCUGCCGGGCCUCUAUGGAGUGGGGGACCCCGUUUCCAAGUUCUCCUCGGACAGCUCCUGCCUGUCCUCUAGAGGCAGAGUCAUCAAAUGGUUCUGGGACUCUGCUGAGGAGGGCUACCGGACCUACCACAUGGACGAGUAUGACGAGGUCAAGAACCCUGAUGGCAUCAUUAACUUGGGCACCAGUGAGAACAAGCUCUGCUUUGACCUGCUGUCCAGACGGCUGAGUCAGAGUGACAUGUUGCGUGUGGAGCCAUCCCUGCUGCAGUACCCUGACUGGAGGGGACACCCGUUCCUCCGGGAGGAAGUGGCCAAGUUUCUGUCUUAUUACUGUAAGAGCCCGGCACCCCUCAAACCAGAGAAUGUGGUUGUCCUGAACGGCUGUGCCUCUCUGUUCUCAGCUCUGGCCACCGUGCUGUGCGAGGCGGGUGAGGCCUUCCUGAUCCCCACCCCUUACUACGGGGCCAUCACGCAGCAUGUCUAUCUCUAUGGCAACGUCCGGCUGGCCUAUGUCUACCUGGACAGUGAGGUCACUGGUCUGGACAGCUGCCCCUUCCAGCUCACAGUGGAGAAAUUGGAGUUGGCCCUGCAAGGAGCUACAUCAGAGGGUGCAAAGGUCAAAGGCCUCAUCCUCAUCAACCCCCAGAACCCGCUGGGCAAUGUCUACUCCCCAGAAGAGCUGCAGGGGUUCCUAGGAUUUGCUGAGAGGCACAAGCUGCACGUGAUCGUGGAUGAGGUCUACAUGCUGUCUGUGUUUGAGGAGUCGCUGGGGUACCACAGUGUCCUCGGCCUGGAGAGGCUUCCUGAUCCGCAGAGGACCCACGUGAUGUGGGCCACCAGCAAGGACUUUGGGAUGUCUGGGCUCCGCUUCGGGACACUGUACACGGAAAACCAGGAAGUGGCCACCGCUGUGGCUUCCCUCUGCCGCUAUCACGGCCUUAGCGGCCUGCUGCAGUCCCAGAUGGCCCAGCUGCUCCGGGACCGCGACUGGAUCAACCAAGUGUACCUGCCGGAAAACCACAGCCGGCUCAAGGCCGCCCACACCUACGUCUCAGAGGAGCUCCAGGCCCUGGGGGUCCCCUUCCUGCGUGGGGGAGCAGGCUUCUUCCUCUGGGUGGACCUGAGGAAGUUCCUUCGCCAGGGCACCUUUGAGGAGGAACUGCUGCUCUGGCGUCGCCUCUUGGAGAGCAAGGUGCUACUGUCCUUCGGCAAGGCCUUCGAGUGCAAGGAGCCCGGCUGGUUCCGUCUGAUCUUCUCAGACAAGACCCAUAGGCUCCGCCUGGGGAUGCAGAGGCUCCGCCAGGUGCUGGAGAGCAAAUCCCAGGAGACCGAAGACGUCCCCCCCCCCACCACACCAAGGACCCCAGUGAGCAGUGCAGAUGAGGUGGCUUUUGCCUGUGACAGUGGGAGACGCCUUCUGCCACCAAAGUCCAGCCUGGGAGCAGCUAGGGGCCCCGUCAUGAUGUGCAGAACUGAGACAUUGUGACGGCCCCUAAGAACAGCCUUCAGCUCCCCACCCUUGAGGAAGCAACUAGCAGCAAACAAUUGUCCUUCUCCCUAAUUGUCCUCCUUCCUGGUGGUCCUUUCUAGACUCUGUCCUGGUUGUCAGGGCAACAAGCCAGAAGAACUAUGGCAGAUGAGUGAUACAAAUAUAAACAUCCUCAUAUUCCAAGGAAAGGAAUCAGCAGCCCUUGGUGGGACCCUGGGGAGCUCCUCUAUGGGAAUCUCCUUGUGUCCCAAGCGGUUCCUCCCUCUUUGAGACUCUGCUCUUCGCGCCAGGGGAGGAGCUACCAUCACUGACAUCCUGGGGUGCGCGGAGCAGGAGCUUCGGCAAGGCUGGGCCUUACCCCGUGAGGACCAGGUGAAGGACAGCACCUCUUCAUGAGGGUGUUUUGCUUCAGAGACGGGAUGAGGCCUCUGAGUCCUCAGCUGUGUGCGCUAAGGGCCCUCUUGGGGCCAGGGCUCCGGCUUCGGAAAAGCUGUAGUCUUAGCUUCUCAGAGGCUGAAACAGAAGGAUCACUCGAGCCUGGGAGUUUGAGAACAGCAUGGGUGGAGUAACCAAAAGCCAUUCUCCAAAGGGACAAAAGCUGACUCUUGCUUUCUUUUGUAAAAUGUCAGUGACAUCAAUGUUUCCGUGCUAUAAUAAUGUUAUUUGGCUUAA